CCCCAGCCAUUGACUUACUGAUGGACUGACCGACCGCUGGCUAUCUUGCUUUCUUGCCAUGUGCAAAAUGUUCUUGCUUUCUUUUCUGCUCAUCACCGCCAGUCACCAAGCACUUUCAGCUUAAAACCUCUCCUUAGUCCUUACUCUUUGCCUGCCACUUAUGUAAUAUGUUCACGUGUUGUUCAUGAAGAAAGCGUCAAUUUCUUUUCCCCAAAAUGGCAUGGAGAGUUAUUCUAUCUGUUCUCUUUCUGAUCUCGUCGAUUCCGCGAAGCGUUGCUGUCGGAGCUCCUCAAGUCCCUUGCUACUUCAUAUUUGGAGACUCGCUCGCUGAUAACGGGAACAACAACGAUCUCGACACCGAUGCGAAAGCGAAUUAUCCUCCCUAUGGGAUCGACUUCCACGAGGGCGCAACCGGGCGGUUCACCAACGGUCGAAACUUCGUAGACAUCAUCGCUGAACUCCUGGGGUUUGAUGAGUACAUUCCACCCUUUGCUACUGCAAAAGGUGGCGACAUACUCCGCGGUGUGAACUAUGCAUCUGGUGGGGCGGGCAUUCGAGAUGAAACGGGACGACAACUGGGCGAUCGCAUUAGCUUGAACCAUCAAUUGCAAAACCAUAUGGUCACGAUCUCGCGCAUCAGAGAAAUGUUGGGAGCGGAUGCUGCGACAUACUUAAACAAGUGCGUGUACACUAUAUGGAUGGGAAGCAACGAUUACAUCAACAACUACUGGAUGCCGGACAUAUACCCGACCAGCAAGCUUUACACGCCCAAGCAAUACGCCGUUGUACUGAUCGAGCAAUACGAACAGCAGUUGAAGACAUUGUAUUCCUAUGGAGCAAGGAGGUUGGCAAUUUUUGGACUGAGUGAGAUAGGUUGCACCCCUGCAGAAAUAUCAGAAUAUGGGACCGAAGGGUCUCUGUGCGUCGACAAGCUCGACGGUGAGGUUAUGCCAUUCAACGACAGGCUCAAACCCCUCAUACAUGAAUUGAAUCGCAAUCUUACCGGUGCUAGGUUCAUCUACGUGAACACUUACGGAAUCUCCACUACUGCAGUUCCAGCUGUCCCAGUUACGUGUUCAACCUGUUGUGAGGUUAAGGAGGAUGACCAGUGCAUCCCCUUCAGAACUCCAUGCCUAGACAGGUCGCUGCAGUCGUACUACGACGGAUUCCACCCUACAGAGACGGUGCAUAUGGAAGUUGCGGCAAUUGGUUACAGAGCUUUGCUUGCUUCCGAUGCUUACCCUUCUGAUCCUGGCCUCGACAUAGCGUCAUUUACAGCGUUGCCAACUGUUGGCUCGAUCACAUCCGACAAGUAGCUCGCGAUGUAAUUAGCCCUAUCAUUUUGCUGUUCAUCAUUUGGAGAGAGAGAGAGAGAGAGAAGGCUUCGUCGGAGAAAAUUCAAUAAGGUGCAAUGUGUCAUAAUCUUAUGGCUUGAGUAAUCAAUAGAAAUAUGAAUCGUCAUCCCA